AGCUGGUCCUGAGGGCUUGCUUCCUGGUUGGUAGGCGAGCGGCCCAGGUGAUUGGCCGCCAACACCCUCCCAACCUGCUCCCCUGUUGGUUGGGGCUGCCGCCUUCUCCUCUCUCGGUAAAGAUUCUGCACUUCGGCUAGGUAGCGGAUCCCGUCGGCUGGGCGCUCCGGUGACUCGCUCGCGCCAUGGCGUCCCAGAGUCGUCGGCGGAGGCCGCUGCGGAGGCCUGAGACGGUGGUGCCGGGGGAGGCGGCCGAGACGGACUCGGAGCUCUCUGCGUCCUCGUCGGAGGAGGAGGAGCUGUACCUGGGCCCGUCGGGCCCGACGCGCGGCCGCCCCACGGGACUGCGGGUGGCCGGGGAGGCCGCGGAGACCGACUCGGACUCGGAGCCGGAGCCGAAGGCCGCUCCGAGGGAUCUGCCUCCGCUCGUGGUGCAGCGGGAGACUGCCGGGGAGGCCUGGGGAGAGGAGGAGGCCCCGGCGCCCGCCCCCGCGCGUUCGCUGCUGCAGCUCCGGCUGGCUGAGAGCCAGGCGCGGCUGGACCACGACGUAGCGGCCGCGGUGAGCGGCGUGUACCGCCGCGCGGGCCGUGAUGUGGCCGCCCUGGCCGGUAGGCUGGCGGCUGCCCAGGCGGCGGGAUUGGCAGCGGCCCACAGCGUGCGCCUGGCGCGGGGGGACCUCUGCGCCCUGGCCGAGCGCCUGGACAUCGUGGCCGGCUGCCGCCUGCUGCCCGACAUCCGCGGCGUGCCGGGCACCGAGCCCGAACAAGACCCGGGACCGCGAGCCUAGCCGUGACCCCCUCUCCCGCCUGACUGAGCCCUGGGGGUAGGCCUUGCGGCCUCUGGGACCUGGCUCUGUGCCCUGUUUAGCCACCCACCCAUCUUGCUGUCACCCUCAGGGAUAACCCCGCCCCCUGGAUAAUGCUGUGUGUGUGUGUGUGUGUGUGUGUGUGUGUGUGUGUGUGUAGCGGGGGAUGGGGGGGUUAAUGCUGUGCAGCCCUGCCAGGCCCUAGCGUCUGGUUCCUCCCCCUGGUCCUGGCCCUUGCUUCCUGGUUCAGAGCUUGUGUGUGUCUGAAGCUUGGCUCAAACUCCUGGGUAACUAGCUACUCCUUAACCUGUCUCCAUCUUAGCGGUUCACAGAGCCUCACCUUUCCUGUCUGCCUGCCUUCCUCAGUUUGUUUUCUGUUCACAGGGGCUGGUCCUGCUUCUGGCGCAGAUUCCCUGAUGUCUCUGGUCCUAGUCCCACUUCUGGAAUUUUGCCCUCUAAUCUGGACCCUUUUUCUGCUCCCCAGGCUUGGCUCUGAUUCCAUCUCCUCCUUCUAGGCCUUGCUCUUCCACCUCCUGGCUCCUUCUCCUUGGGCUUAGCUCCACCCCCUUGGCCUAAUCUUGUUUCCUGGGUCCAGCUGUACCCUUAGGUUUGGUUCUGCUUCUUUUUGCUUCUCUCAUCCUGUUUAAACUACCUACUUAAUUAUGGGCUCCAGGGACCCCCUAUGGUUUUCUUCAUCAGGCCCAAGAUGAGACCUCCUCCUGACCCGAGGAGGUCCCCCUCCCAGCUCCCCAGGCCCAAGGUGGCAUCUCCUCCAGGCCCAAGUUGGUGUGUCCUUCCCACCUUCCAGGCCAAGAUCACGCCUUCUGCCCAAGUUCCAGGUACGGGAUGGGCCUCCUCCUGACUCUCCAGGCUGAGAGUGCCCCCAGCAGGCACUUAGGGCCCAAUACAGACCUGCCCUGGAACUUUGGGCACAGUAUGACACCACUUUGCCGAUAAGGACCACAUGUAUUUUGUUUGGUCACCGUGUUGUUCCCUGGAUGCUAAAAGGGCUUGGCUGUCUGGCUUGUCUCAGGGCCUGGGCUUAGCUCCUUCUUUCUGCGCCUCACCUGGUCCCUCUUCUCCCAGCCCCAGUCCCUCAGUCCCAUUCACAUUUAUUCCCCUCCCCCGCUCUUAACUCCAACCUGAGCUGAGAUCUGCGCCCCCAGGAUGGAGAAGUGGGGAAGAACGCUCUAUGGCAGACUCAUUAAAACUCAAAACAUU